GUAAGCCAGGUCACAGCAAAUGACCAGGAAGGAACGAUGGCUGCAAAGAAUGGGAAGAACAGUCUACUGGAAAAAUGGAGGAUUGAUGAAAAACCUGUGAAGAUUGACAAAUGGGAUGGUGCAGCUGUGAAGAAUUCUCUUGAUGAUGCAGCCAAGAAGGUACUCAUUGAGAAGUAUGGCUAUAUUGAGAACUUCAACCUUGUGGAUGGACGUCUCUUCAUUUGUACAGUCUCCUGCCUUUUUGCCAUUGUAGCUUUAAUUUGGGACUACCUACACCCUUUUCCAGAGUCCAAACCAGUCCUGGCAUGUUGUGUUGUUUCAUAUUUCAUUAUGAUGGGUAUCCUAACCUUGUAUACCUCCUACAAAGAGAAAAACAUCUUUCUUGUGGCUGUUCAAAAAGAUCCAGCUGGCAUGGACCCAGACCACAUCUGGCAGCUUUCGUCCAGUCUUAAAAGGUUUGAUGACCAGUACACACUGAAAGUCUCCUUUACAGAUGGGAAAACCAAGCGGUUCAGGGAGAUGGAGUUCACAAAGUCAGUGGGGGCAUUCUUUGAUGAAAAUGGCACAUUGGUGAUGGACCAGUAUGAAAAGUGUGUCUCUCAACUUCAUGAUACACUGGCAGUAGCGAAGAAAACUAAGUAGUGUGAAAACUGGGCAUACCUGCAAGGUUGUGACCUCAACACAUACUCAUGAGGCUGUAGUGGAUUCAAAAAGCAGGUUACUCAUGCAUGUGUUUUAGAGGUUAGCCUUCUGUUAUGAAGUCUGUUGUGUUCUUGUUUAUACAUAGGUCCAAUUUCAUGUUUGUUUGUUUUUUUUUCCCCCCACUGGUCAUCCUUUUUAUAUAAUAUAAAAUUCAGUUUCAGUAAAUCUCAAAUUGACAUGCUUUGUGAAGGUAAAAUGAGACUGUUUCAAAAAUAUUCCUUGCAGAGGUUUAAGAGAGUAUGUUGAAUACUGUACAUAAACAUUGUGCAUGAAGUUUUUUUUUUAACUUCAGUUGUGUUACACCUUUAGCUACACUGAAUAGUAUUUUUUCCUUAUGGAUUUUCUGAAUACAAGGUCUCCCUUAUUUUUUGGUUUUAAUUUUUGCCUCAAUUUUUUGUUGUGAGCCUUACUAAAUUUGAUUGUGCAGACUGGGAGUUGCUUUUUUUUCAAAUUUCUCAGUGUGUUAUAAAUUGUGCCAUUUCUUUGCCUUUUAAAGGACAAAGGAAGGAAAAAAACUAUACAAAUAAUGUGUUGUUUUCCUGGACUCUUAGUCCUACAUGCUGUUUAAAACACCACCACCACCACAAAAAAAUCUAAUUUUAUUUUAUUGUCCAGAUUAAGGUUUUUCUUUGUAAUAAAACCAACUGUGUGUUUGAAAGCUUACAUUGAAGUAUAAGGUAUGGGGACAUUUGACAAGGCUAACUAAUUGCAAGCAUUUCUUUUAUAUGUGCCUGUUCUUCACACAUGCAAAAGAUUUAAGUAAAGUUUUUGCAUCUGUUUGUUGUUCUUUA